CUUUCGUUGUGAUCCCUCUCUUCUUCUCUUGUUGCUCAGACUGUGUCUCAGCUCCUAUCGUCCUUCCUUUUCCCGGCACGUUCCUCUGCAAUCACCUUUCUUUUGUUUUCUCGCUCUACAAUUUCUACAAUCUCUUUCUCUGUCAUCGCCUGUUCAGAAGUGUUUUUUUUUGGAUCCAAGUCCCUAAAAUUCUGGGCACUAUACUCCGAACUUGGGUUUGCAUCCAGGGUGUUGUGUGUAGCUGUGUUUUCUUUUGACUGGUGAUUCGGAAAUAGGUUUGGGAUCUGAAAGUUAGUUAAUUUUGAACUGAUUUUUAAAUUUGUGGGAUUAUGAAGGAAUAAUUGGUGGAUUAAGUUGUUAUCUUGGAAGGAGGAAGAAUUUGAAAUUCCUGGUUGAUUGUUGAUUGCUUAUCUCAUGGGAGAAGGUGAGGGGGCAGAUUGCCCUCCCAAGAAUGUGUCAUCGGAUGCUUCAGGAGCAGCGUUGCUGUCUGAUGUUCCGGCAAAGAAGCUGGCGAGGCAGCUCGAUUUCACGGGUUAUAGUGGCGCGGCCUUGCCUGAACACCCGCAGCCUCAGUUGCAGGUGCUGGCGCAGAGUCAGCCGCAGCCACGCCCAGUUACAACGCAACCGGUUGUUGUGAUGCCUAUGCCACCGCAGGCUCCUCAUUCUUCAGCCAGGGUUGGGAAACCAGAAUCUCCAAAAUCAAGAUCACGACCCAACUUUGAUAUGAAGGAUGUUACUCCAAAGAAGCAAAAACAGUGUAAUUGCAAACACUCAAAAUGUCUAAAGUUAUAUUGUGAAUGCUUUGCAUCCGGAAUAUAUUGUGAUGGGUGCAACUGUGCAAACUGCUAUAACAAUGUUGAAAAUGAAGCUGCUAGACGAGAAGCUGUUGAAGCCACUUUGGAGCGCAAUCCAAAUGCAUUCAGGCCAAAAAUUGCAAGCAGCCCUCAUGGAGCACGUGAUAGCAGGGAGGAUGCUGGUGAAAUUUUAAUACUUGGAAAGCACAACAAGGGGUGCCAUUGCAAAAAAUCUGGAUGCCUCAAGAAGUACUGUGAGUGCUUCCAAGCCAACAUUCUUUGCUCUGAAAAUUGUAAAUGCAUGGACUGCAAAAAUUUUGAGGGAAGUGAAGAGAGACAAGCUUUGUUCCAUGGAGAUCAGAAUAAUAACAUGGCAUAUAUCCAGCAGGCAGCAAAUGCUGCCAUAACCGGAGCAAUUGGAUCUUCUGGUUAUUCAUCCCCUCCAGUGUCCAAGAAAAGAAAAGGCCAGGAACUCUUCUUUGGGCCAACAAGCAAGGACACAUCUGUUGGCAGGCUUGGCCAAUUUCAACAGGCAAACCAUAUCAAAAGUCCUACACCGUCCUCAUCCUUGUCUCCUGUCCCUGGUGCCCGUGUUGGAGCUGCAACAUUAGGGCCUUCUAAAUUUACAUACAGAUCCCUUUUAGCAGACAUCAUACAACCACACCACUUGAAGGAGCUUUGCUCCGUCCUGGUGCUAGUAUCAGGACAAGCUGCAAAGACUCUUACAGACCAGAAAAUGUUAAUGGAAAAGAAUGCAGAAGAUCAGGUGGAAACUUCCGUGGCUUCUUCAACUCAAGAGCAAUUGCCAAGUCGAAAGGAAGGCGAUGUUGAGAAAGCUAUGGCUGAUGACUGUUCAAGUGCAAACCAAACAGAUAAAAUCAGCCCAGAUAAUUCUAGUUCAGAUGGGGCUGAUGCCCCAAAAAGCAGGCCAAUGUCUCCUGGAACCUUAGCCUUGAUGUGUGAUGAGCAAGAUACAAUGUUCAUGACAGCUCCAUCCCCUAAUGGUUCAAUGGGUCAUGCUUGCAAUACAUCUUUGCGUUCUCCUUACGGACAAGGCAUGACAGAGGUUUAUGCAGAGCAAGAAAGGAUUGUUUUGACAAAGUUCAGAGAUUUUCUUAAUCGGGUCAUCACAAUGGGAGAAUUAAAUGAAACAAAAUGUUCUUCAUUAACCAGAAGUGAAUUAGAGACUCAGAAGGAGGCAAUCAACAAUGGCAGUGGAAAUGCUGAUGCUGAAACGGCGCAUCAGCAGGGAGCCACCGGUAAUGGAGCUGUCAACGCUGUUGUGCCACCCAUGGCCUCUAGUAUGAACAUGAUUGCUUCAGAGGCUCCUGGUAGCCUUGUCCCUGAAAAUGGGGAAAGCAAGGCUAAGAGUGAAAAGGAGAUGUAAAAGGGAUUCUAACACAGAAUAAUGUGCAAUGGUACCCAUUGAAGUAUCCAUGAAGGUAUGCAACAACUUUUGCCUCAUUUUAUAGACACUGCCAUCUUCAUUUUCUGGCAUGUCAUUGGCGAGAGGGUUUCAUACAAGCCCCCAGAGCGUUCAUCUAGGAUCAAUAAUUUUUUUCCUUUUACAGUUUCUCUUGCUCUGUUUUUUAUGAUUCAUAUAGAUCUAAAUUAAUUUUUCAGCUCCUCAUCAUAGCUUGAUCAGAAUGUAAAUUACAAAGUUGUAAUUUUAUAUAACAUUAGUUAGAUUCUGCAGUCUGAUGACUUUUGUAGCUUAAACUUGGGUUAUUUUUGAAAAAUAAUAAGUUAGUUUUAACACUUUCCCUCUUAUAAA